AUGGCAUUGGCUUGCAAUACGCUCCAAAGUGGCUCUACACCUAGGAUGAGAUGGAAAUAUGAUGUGUUUGUGAGCUUUAGAGGUGAAGACACCCGCAACAACUUCACUGAUCACCUCUUUGGCGCUUUCCAUAAGAAAGGUAUUAUUACCUUCAGGGAUGAUACAAAGCUCAAGAAAGGGGGACAUAUAUCAUAUGAGCUUCUACAAGCCAUUGAAGGAUCCCAAAUUUUGAUUGUUAUUUUCUCAACAAACUAUGCUUCUUCCACAUGGUGCUUGCAAGAACUCGCAAAAAUUGUUGAGUGCAUUGAUGUUCCAGGACAAUCUGUUCUACCUAUUUUCUAUGAUGUGAGUCCUUCUGAGGUAAGAAAACAAAGCGGAGAUUAUGAAAAAUCCUUUCAAGAGCAUGAAGAAAGAUUCAAAGCAACUUUAGAGGAAGUGCAAAGAUGGAGGAGAGCCCUAACACAAGUAGCCAAUCUCUCUGGUUGGGAUGUAAGAGAUAAGCCACAAUAUGCAGAGAUUGGGAAAAUUAUUCAAGAGGUAACAUGCUUAUUGGGAAACAAAUAUUCAAAUUUACAAAGUGAUUUAGUCGGGAUGCACUCAAGAGUGAAACAAUUAGAAAACCUUCUGAUUUUGGACUCGGAUGAUGAUGAUGGUGUUCGAGUUGUAGGGAUUUCUGGAAUGGGUGGAAUAGGGAAGACAACUCUCGCUACUGCUUUGUAUGAUAGAAUCUCCAAUCAAUUUGAUGCUUGCUGCUUUAUUGAUGAUGUAAGUAAAAUUUACGGAGACCAUGGCCCAAUUGGAGUACAAAAGCAACUUCUUUGUCAAACUCUAAAUGAAGAAAAUCUUCAGAUAUGCAAUCUUCCUAUGGCAUCUAAUUUGAUUCAAACUAGGCUAUGUCAAAUAAAAUCCCUCGUUGUUCUUGAUAAUGUGGAUGAAGUUGAACAACUGGAUAAAUUGGACAUGAAACGAGAAUGGCUAGGCACAGGGAGUAGAAUAAUCAUAAUUUCUAGAGAUGGGCACAUCUUGAGAGAGCAUGGAGUAGAUGAAGUAUAUAGAGUUCCACUCAUGGAUCGUAAAGAUGCCCUUCAAUUGUUUUGUAGGAAAGCUUUCAAAAGUGCUGACAUCAUGAGUGGUUACAUAUACUUGACAUAUAAAGUACUAGCCUAUGCCAAUGACCUUCCACUAGCAAUUAAAGUGUUGGGCUCAUUUCUUUAUGGUCGAGACUUCUCUGAGUGGAGAAGUGCAUUGUCAAGAUUAAGAGAGAAUCCAAGGGCAGAAAUUACGAAUGUACUCCGAAUUAGUUUUGAUGGACUAGAGAAUACAGAAAAGGAUAUAUUUCUUGAUAUUUUGUGUUUCUUAUGUGGAUGCCAUGAGACAUACGUCAAGAAAGUUUUAGAUUUUCGUGGAUUUCAUCCAGAAAUUGGUUUAAAAGUUCUCAUUGAUAAAUCAUUCAUAACCUGUAGGAAACGGAUAAUUUGUAUGCAUCCCUUGUUAAGAGAACUGGGAAUGAGUAUUGUUAGAGAAAUAUCGCCCAAAGAACCAAGAAAGUGGAACAGGUUGUGGGACUACAAGGAUGCCCAUAGUGUUAUCUCAGAAAGCAUGGCAACCGAAAACCUCGAAGCCAUAGUUCUGCAUCCCUAUCCAGAAAAGAUCAAGGAAAUACAGACGAUUCUCAGGAAUUUCUCAGGAAGUCUCAAUUUUCUUUCAAGUGAAUUGGGGUAUCUACAUUGGGUUAAUUAUCCUUUCACUAGUUUACCAUCAAAUUUUCAUCCAUAUAAACUUGUUGAACUGAUCCUACAUCAUAGCAACAUUAAGAAACAUUGGGAGGGCACAAAGUCUCUACCUAAUUUGACAUUUAUUUAUCUCUCUCACUCGAAAAAUCUUAUUAUGAUGCCAAAUUUUGAGGAGAUUCCAAAUCUCGAUGUCGCUACUGCGAAAAUCGGCGCCGGCUGA